AACGAAAGAAAAAGUGAGAUUCCAACUAAAGUUGUGGAAACCCUGAAGUGUAAGAUGUGGAUACUUGUAUUUUUAAUGUUUCCCUUGUGGAAAAACUGAGACCACAUAUUCUAUUAUGUAGUUUCUGGCAUAAUACUGAAUGUAGUAUUAUUCAAUCCUAUUACAAAGAAGCGUGCCUUGGUGUUGAAGGCUGUAACGGCAGAUAUUUAGCAUGGCCACUGAGGGUCAACAACUCGGCGGAAGGAUCGAUCCUGACGCCUUCAAAGCUGCGGUAACGCGUUUAAGGAUCGAUCAACAACUGAGUUCCCAACUUAAAGCAGCUCUCAACAAUAUUACACCUGGAGGGGAAAAUACUCUUCUCCAUUUGGCUGCUAGUGUAGGAAAUCUACACUUCAUUCAACAGCUCCUGCAACUCAAUCGUCAACUUCUGAAGGAAACCGAUCCCGAAGUGAAGCCUCUGCUUGUGAAUGCUACCAAUGCCGAAAAGGAUACUGCGUUACACUUGGCUGCGCAGGGAGGUUUCUCCAACGUUGUGAAGAUUCUACUCCAACAACCAGAAAGUGGUGUGGAUCUCCGCAAUAAGCUUGAUGAAACAGCUUUGUUCAAAGCCUACGAAAGCGGCAAUUUAGAGACAGUGAAGGCAAUAUUUGACGCAUCUCCGUCGAGCUUACUCGAAAGUACGGUGCACAAGAGGAACUGUUUAUCUGUUGCAGUAAACAGAGGAGAUUCAGAUCUAGUUGAUCAUAUACUAAAUUUAUCAGAUGCGAAGCAGUUAAUCCAACGUAAGGACGAACUUGGCAACACAGCUCUGCAUAUAGCUGUUGAAAGAAACUACGUGCAUAUAAUAAAGAAGUUAAUAAAAUUUGAGGCCGAACUGUGUUAUUGGGUUAAUGACAGCCAAGAAACUCCCAUCUGUGUGGCAGCGAAAUUGGGUCAUCUGGAAGCAGUACAAGAGUUGAUAAAUGAGAGGCCAGACGCUGUCGAAAUACGGAAUAGUUGUGGAAUGAACGUUCUGCACUUAGCUGCCCUAGUUAGGCAAGUGCGAAUUGUUGAUUACCUGAACGAAGAGGUAGGCUUAUCAUACUUGGUCAACAAGGGACUUGACAAACCUCCACAUGAAGAGCCUCUGCGAAGUGGAGGAAAGACAGAUCCGGCUGAAAAGAAAGAUCCAAAAGAUGAGCCCGUGAAAAGUGGAGGAAACACAGAUGCGGGUGAAAUGAAAUCUCCUUUUUCGAGGAUAAGUGAAGGAGACACACCACUGCAUAUUGCAGCAAAGAAAAAAGACUUGAAUAUGGUGAAGUCGUUGCUUUGUAUAGCGGGGAUAAACAAGUUUGCUGUCAACAAGGCAGGCUUAACGGCCUUUGAUAUCGUGAGAGAGAACACGCACUAUCACGAAUCUGACAAGAUAAUUUCAGUUCUGGCCAGUUAUCCUUCCAAUCGCAAGCCAUUCUUGUACAGCGCUCCAAAGGUGAGUGCAGAGAAACAUGAGGUUGCUGUUGAGAUGGUGGACAAAACAUAUGAGGACAGGCGCAACACAGAACUAGUGGUGGCAGUUCUAUUAGCGACAAUGUCAUUUACGGCAGCUUUCACUGCUCCGGGCAGUUUCGUGACGGACGAUGGGAAUGGAAAUGGGGACUCAAAGGGAUCGGGAAUUUCGCCUGCGCCUGCGCCUGGAACUGGCUCAGACAAGAGUUUAGGUUCGCCGAUUCUGCUUCCGUUGGCCUCCUUCAAGGUUUUUCUCAUCUUUGAUUGUGUGGCAUUCUUUCUGUCGCUCUUAGUGGUGCUGAUGUGGCAGAUGAGUACACCUAUUACCACGGGAAAUAAGGUAUUGUUCCUCUGUAUUACCAACCUAUUGGUUUGUGCCACGUUUGCCUUUACGGCCUAUGGCUUCAUGCUUGCAGUGUAUGCCAUGCUUUCCAACAUGAAUCCCGAGCUGGCUUGGUUCAUUCUUGGGGCGUGCUUGAUCAUCUGCUUCUGUGGUAAUUUCACUUUUUUCUACAUGGCUGCAAAGUUUACAGUGAAGAAGGCUAGGUUUAACCACCUGAACGGUCUACUUCCUUUUCUUUCUGACCGUCUGGGGGAAUACGUGUGGAUAAAAUUAGAAAGAUGGGGGCUUUUGGACUUGGUGCGCCGGUCCAAAACCAAGUGGCUUGCUAUCCUAUACUACCAUAGCAAUGAGAACGAUAAAUAAGGUUUGGGAAAGUUGCUUUUGCAAGUCUGAUACAGUGUUGCAGCUUCUUAUUUCUACAUGACUUUGAUCGUAUUCAACUAUGUCUUAUAAUAUUAAAUGUUUUCAUAUUA